ACCAGUGUUUACACUCAAUUGUUCUUUUUCAUCUUUUUUUAUUUUUAACAAAUGUAUGUUUUGUGUUCAACUUAUGAAGCAACAAACGCGUUUAUUUUUUGAUUUCUACUGCUGUCAAUUGAGUCUGUGGAGCGUCUACGGUGGCCGGUGCAGCCCACAAGUGUCUCCGAGCUGUGGUGUAUCAUGGAGGGGGUCACCGUCGGCCAGGUAUUCGAUGCCGAGUGUAUCCUCAGCAAACGACCAAGGAAGGGAAAGUUCGAGUAUCUGGUCAAAUGGAGGGGGUGGUCGUCCAAACACAACAGUUGGGAGCCAGAGGAAAACAUUCUGGACCCAAGGUUAUUGGCUGCCUUCCACAAGAGAGAACAAGAGCGAGAACUUUUGUUUCUCAAAAAAGGGAAGCGGCCAAGAGGACGACCACGGAAAAACCCGGCCCCACCUGUCAUCACCAAGGACCACAGCUCUUCCUCCUCAUCUGGUCUCACCUCAUCCGAGUCUUCCUCAGAGGACGAGGACCAUGACAGGAAGUCUAAGCCGGCAGGACGCGUCCCUCAAAAGCGACCUCAGAUUCUCCUGGCUAAACCUGAACCACCUCGCAAGAAGAAAAGGGGACGAAAACCCCUGUCUCCAGACAUCAGGUCUCUAAGGCAGGCCAAAACCAGGCCCCCACCUCUUCCCCCACAGCGCCUCCCCUCUUCACUCAGACUCGCUCGUGAUGAUGUCCGACCUGGGGUGAAGAAGCCAUUGCAGCCUGCAAGCUUUACUUACACUGGACUGACCCGAACCAGAGAUGAAAGCCCUUCUGCCCACGCCUCUAGUAGCUCUUUCACCCAGACGUCCACCUCCAAAGCUGGUCCUCUGAGUGGUAUUUGGACUACCCGUUCACUGCCUACUGCUUCGUCACCUGCAAAACAGACUGAGACUAAGCGCUCGGUCUCGGACGCGAGUGUCGGCUUCAAAACAUCUCUGAAACUGAGCUCUGGGACAACUGGUGUGUUCGGCUCCACUCAACACUCCCCGCAGAUCCACCGACGAUCAGAUGGUGCCGGUGGUCAUGUGGUUUCACAAAAACACUUUCCUCGAAUGCAGGUGUCUCAGACCGCUCAGAGGGAUCGCAGUAGCCAGGUGCUCAGUCUACGAGCUCUGAACCUGCAGAAUGCCACAAGCACCAGCUCCAUGUCCAGGUCCAUGUUACGCAGUGGAAACAGCGUUGCUACAAGAAUUCUAUCAGUUGGGCAGCGGACAGGGUUUCCAGCAGGGGGAAGUACAGAGCUUCGCCGGAAGGAUUUGGUGGCAGGUGAUGGAACCUGUCGGGGAAGGUCUGAGGACAGCAAACAGAACCGCAGCCUGAACGAGUUUAGCACCGGAGGCUCUGAUGACACCAGCAGCAGCGACUCGGAACAGGAACCUUCAUUUAUCAACAGUCGACCAAGUCUUGGGGACAACGCUACCGAGUCAGAUACAGAGACAGAUUGGCGGCCAGCUCAUAGCCUCUUGGAACAAGUGUUUGUCACUGAUGUUACUGCUAACUUUGUGACUGUAACAGUCAAAGAGUCGCCCACCAGUGUUGGAUUCUUUCACUCACGGAACCACUGAGUCCAGUAGUUGCCUCAAGAUUUCAGACGUGCUGAAAUGCUAUAAAACUGGGUUUUACCUUUUCUUCGAUCACAUCUGGACCUGAUACGACGCAGUUCCUUUCGUGGUUUCUGUUCUUUUGAGUCUCUGGUGCUAGUAGGACCUAAAACAAAAGUGACCCUGCCACUUCAUUAAAAAAAAAAUAAAAAAACAAAAAACACAUUUUUGUUUGGACCAAAGUGUAAAUAAAGUUUUGUAUAAUAUUAAUUCCUAACAAACAUCAAAAUAUUUACGUUUGUUUUAUAAACACAGUGAAGUGAUUAUUUAUCAUUUGUAAAUAUUUGCCAUGUGACCUGGUGCUUGACUCCAUCCACAGUUCAAUAAAAACCUUGAAUUUAA